AUGGCCAUCCCAAGAAACUCUCUCGGAGCCUUCCUCCGACAAGCAAAAGCCACUCUGGAAACAGCCAUCGACAAGAAACAAAAAGUCACACUGGUCAUUGGCAACGAAUCAGCAGACCUCGACUCCAUCACGAGUUCAAUCGUCUAUGCAUAUCUAAAAUCCAUCACUCACUCGACACAAACAUCCCCCACCCUCCACAUUCCCCUUUUGAACAUCCCCGCAGCAGACAUAUCUCUACGCCCUGAACUGCUAGCCCUGCUCCCACACGCAAACAUCCAAGAAGACCAUCUCAUCACCCUAGAUGACCUACCUGAUCUCCCUUCCAUAUCCCAAUCUCUAGUGCCAGAAACCACACGUUGGGUUUUGGUCGACCAUAAUGCUCUACAAGGCAAACUCGGCAAAAUCUACGGCACACGCGUGGUAGGCGUAAUCGACCACCACACUGACGAGAACAAAGUCCCAGCAGACACGGGCGAAGAACCUCGCGUGAUCGAAACCAGCGGCAGUUGCACAAGCUUGAUAAUAAACCAUUGCCGCAAUGCUUGGGACACUCUUGCCUCAAACACAUCCACAGCGGCAGCAGCAAACGCACAAGGCGACAGUGUACAAGACGAUUUCGCACAAACAUCGCUCUGGGACGCACAAGUAGCGCAAUUCGCCCUCGCCUCCAUACUCAUCGACACCACAAAUCUGCAAGACAAACACAAGACCACAGAUCACGAUGACAGCGCCGUAUCCUACCUGCUCGCAAAAAUAAACCAAUGCCCAAAACUAUCCACUCAAUUCUCCCGCGACGAAUUUUUCAACAAAAUCAAUGAAGCAAAAAGAGAUCUCAGCCCUCUGACUUUUGGAGAGAUACUCAGAAAAGACUACAAACAAUGGACGGAAAACGGACUCGAUCUGGCAAAAUCCUUCGCCGCCUCUAGAGACCUCUGCAUCUUUUCCAUCAUGACGGCCUAUGAAACAGAAAACGGCGACUUUGCCAGACAAGUCGCCGUGUUGGCAGUUGAUGAUAGAGGCUUUGCCGCUUGCAAAAAGUUUGCAGAGGAAGGAAAGGAGAAACUGCAACUGGAGGAAGAAGAUGAUGCAGAGGAGAGUGCAGAGCAUUGGUUUAGGGUGUGGAAGCAACGGAAUCUCGCGGCUAGCAGGAAGCAGGUCGCUCCAUUGUUGAGGGAGGCUAUGGCCGGGUGA